GUGGCAUUGUCUUUGCAAAGGCACAAAAAACAUGCAUCGUUGCACCCACAUCUAUUUAUCAAUGUGGUGGUUGUAUCAAGAGCAUGAAGGGCUAUUAAAAGAGGAAGGACAAAGUGGCAGUGAUGAAUCCAGUCUAGAAGAUGGUGUGGAAUGUUUAGAUGACCAAGUCGACCUCAGUGUGGAGCAGAUUGAAAAGAUGACUACCUAUCUCUGUGAGCAUAAAAAGAUUCCAGAGGUUUUGCCACCCAAUCUGAGAACGACUGAUAGGACUGUGCCAGACAGCUUUGAGCCUGCAGAAACAGUCUGCCCCUACUGUCCAGGACCAACCUACCCUGACCUAUCAGAAGCAAAAAUUGUUACCAGGAAUGCAACAGUUUAUGGCCUCUAUUCUGUCACUAAAGGUGUCAAGGUGAUGGUGAAAACUCGUUUAAGGUGCCACACUCAAGUGCGUUUCCAGGAAUACACUUCAGGGUUCCACAAUUUUAAUAAUAAAGUAUUUCUUAGCAUCCCAUUAUGCUCAAUGCUCUCAACAGCAAUAAAAGGUAUGUAUCAAUGUCCUAUUAGAAGUACAACACAUUAAAGUUGUUGUAAGAUUGACGGUGAGUCUUUUUUUUUUUUUUUCUCUUUGCAUAGAACAACACCGCAAUUGGCAGAUUCCUUUCCAUGAUGGAAGACCACCUUGGCAUUACCCUUCCUCACAACACACUCAGAAAGGCCUUUUUUCAUUUUUCUGCAAUAACUGAUUACAGUUAUGACUUCUCCUGCAACCGCUGUGGCCACCACCCACCAGUACUAAUUUCUGAUGCAAACUGGAAAGUAGCUUUUGACUUGCCAGGUCUGAUUUGUAUAAAACUAUGUCAAAAUUUCCAAGCAGUUCAUUAUAAAUAGCAAAAUUUAUCAAAGAGAAAAACAUGAAUAAUAUUUGUUUUUUGUGUGUGUGUAAAUAUAUUUUCUAGUGAAUCUCCUGAGAAGACCAUGCAUUGAAGAUGUCCAGCAGAAAGAUUUGUCUGUCAACAUUGACAACAGAUGGACACAACUAGAAAAAGAAUUAGUUGCUGUUGGAUUCUGUGACGGGUCAAAUUUAAAGAACCCUUACUCAAGUGAGCUGACCUACUCAGCAUUUGCUCCCUGGAUAGGAAAAGAGAGCAGAAUUGGAUCGGUUGUCCCUAAAACGGAAGCUUUGAAAGGGUUUUCCAAACGCCUGGAAGAUUCUGCAGGCAAAACUACUUCUGCAGUCAAAACUGCAUCAGCAGAAGACCGCCUGUUUGAAUCACAAAAGUCUGAGCUAAUCAGUCUUUGUGUGGAGCUGGGAGUGUCUUCUGAGGGGUCUGUGUCUGACAUCCUUAAUCGUUUAGAAGAACUUCUCCUGUACAAGGACAUCUAUCCCAAGAUGUUUAUGAAGCUGCAGAGAACGGGAGGUGGAGUCUUACACAGCAGCUGCAUGCACUCUGUUGUCUACUACUGCUCUCCAUUGUGGUGGCAAGAAUCGGCAAGAGACCAUACUGAUGCCCUAUUAAGUUUUAAAAUACCACCUACAAUAUACAUCUCAGAUAUUGCUGGAAGAGUGGCAAGACAUGCCAAUAAUAGAACAAGACAACAAUUUUUUCAGCCAUUUGAUGGAAGGCUUUGUGAAGCAACUCCAAAAAACAUUUCAAAAGCAUCCCAAAAGCAACUGAGUGUAACUUUUCCAUGGACCACAUGCUUAACAACAAAAGCUGGUCCUUCACUGGAAACUAGAGUGCAUGGCCCACAUCCUAUCACAAGAACAGCAGACAAGUUUUCGUUGUAUGACAAAUUUCAUCAGAAAAAUCAGAGAAGACCAGAAGAGAAGCUCAGGAGCUUGGACCUAGUGCCUGAAGUAGCUGACAUACUGAAUUCAUCGUUAGCUGAACAACUGAACAAGGAACUUGCUAAUUCGAGAUAUUUUCUUUGCCAGCUUAAAGAUGUCCAUUACAUGUUCAUGCUGCGACUUGUUUUUCAUCUCCAUAACCAGCGAAUUAACUUGGCAUUCUUGUCCAAAAUGCAAAGGCUGGCCCAAGGGAAUGCAGACAUUGGUGAAGAUGGAAGGGUAUUGGUGCACGUAAGUAGGCCCAAAAAGUAGUUUAUUUGUUAAAAGGAGGAAAUGACAAACUUGAAAUCAAAUAUAAAUUAUACGUGUAUGAACCUCAUUGUCCUUUCUAAAGAAAACAAAAAGCAGAUGGAGAUGCCACUACCUACAAAGAUGCGUGUAGAGACUGUUCCGGGGGCUUGUGAGGGACAGCGAUUCUCUGUGACCCUGUUUCCUGUGGAGCAGCAGAUUAAGGUUAAACUGCAUCAGCUGUACGUGUCACAGAAUCAACACUUCUGUGUUAAAAUAGGAAACUCUUUGGCUAGAUCUAUGGAUUUGCGCUCCAUUCUUCCUGCACAGUACCUGAACGAGGAUCCUGAAGAAUCCUUACCUUCUCUACCAUGGCUUACGGAUGAUGCAGUAAACUGUCGAGUUGCACAGGUUGCAAAGGGACACAUGAACAUGAAAGUCUUACCAACAUUCCAAUUCAUUUGCUGGUGGCGAGUCUGGAUAACACUGAAGAAAGUCUCCAACAGAAACAUGACAUCUUUGCAGGACCUCCAACCGCAAGACACCAUCUUAUUCCCAAGAGUUGUUGGUGGGAAAACACCAGAGACGGGGAAUCACUUUAUCCUUUGGGUAUUUGAUGGGUCCAAGCAAGAAAUCAGGAUUUAUGAUUCUAUGCACCAGUAUACUACUAUUGGAAAAAGUGAGAUGGAGAUUUUGAGCUAUGCCUUUCAAAACACAUGGAAGAUGACUGAAUGGACCAUCAGAUACCCAAGUCAAUGGCAUCAGUGUGACCAGCAGAACUGUGGUAUCUUUGUGUGCACAAUGGCAGAAAUGGAGGUCAACAAUAUAAAGAUUGUGACAGAGACACUGAGGGGAGCCCAACUUGAGCAUCUGCGUUUUUACCAUGCAACGUCUUUAAUCAAGGACGUAACCCAGGACAUCUCAAAAAGUUCAAAAGAAGAAUGCAUGGCAGAAAAAUUUAAUGUCUGCACUUUUCAGAGACUAGCAGCGCAAGGCUCACUUUAUCCGGCGGUCACCAAAUUUCACUGGGUACAGUGUGAUAAUUGCAAAGGCUGGCUUCACACUGAUUGCGCAGGAGUUCAAGAUGUCAGAGGACUGAAAUUUACAUGUGGGUGCAGAAAUCCUCGCCCCCUCACCUUUGACAGAAUUAGAGCAAUCAUUCAACAGCAUGGUGUAUGUGGACUUAUUCAAGAUGAGGAGAUUAAGGUGUUGCAUGACUCUCUAAGGUGUGGACAGCAGAGGUCAAGCAGAAUGUUUCUCUGGCAGCAUCCUGAGACCUCUCCAAGACUCAAAAACCUCUUGAAAACAAAGAUGACUCCUUUCACUGAUGAAAACACUUCUGCGCUGAUUGGGAAAUUAAGGAGUGUUUUGCAGCUGGGAAAUGAUUCGGAAGAUCUCGACUUGUUGUUUGAUGUCCUGUGGAUAAGUGGAUCAAUUCAUGCACAAAUAUUUGAUGCUCAACUUAUGAAUUUGUUACUAAUGUCAUGUUUGUCUUUUAAGGUGACUAUCAGAAUAAUAUCAGCGCAUGAAGGACUCUGCCGAUAUGCAGCAGAAACAUUUCUUUCAUCUGGAGAUACUAUUUACUAACACCCCCCCCCCCCCCCCCAAACCUGGUCCAUCCAACUUCUCACCAGAAUGCCUUGGAAUAACUAAUUCCUUUUGUAAAUGCAUUUAAAAAGAAAAAAAAAGGUUUAAGUUUGAUGUACAAUUGUGUAUGUGUUUUGUAAUAAAUAAAUACAAUUGAACUAUAGAUAUGAA